AAUCAGUCCAUGGUUGGAGAUCCUUUGGAGAAAUUGCUUGAACUAUGUGGACAAACAGAAGUAAAGCCGUUUGAAGAGUGUUUUGACGAAGAGACACUUGAGGGCAUCAACAAAAUCGGUGAAGGUGUAUAUGGCGAAGUCUUCCAGUCUCCGAAAGGACAUGUGAUAAAGAUAUUCCCGGUAGCCGGCGAUGAUUUCGUCAACGGCGAAAAACAAAUGACCUUCGCUGAUGUAUACCCAGAAGUGUUUGUCUCGAACUGGCGCAAAUUCAAGGCACAAAUGGGUUCCGAUAACGAGUGUCCCGAUUUCCUUCCUCCUACUCAACAGUGGAUGGUUCUCGAGUUCGAGUUUGCUGGCGAACCGCUGGCAAACAUUCGUUUUAAUACUUGUCGCGAGGCCCGUUCUGUGAUUGAACAGAUUGCUCUAUCCCUGGCUGCAGCUGAAUCUGCUUUGCAAUUUGAACAUCGUGAUUUACACUGGCACAACAUAUUGGUCCGACCCACCAGACAGUGGAAACUACGCUAUCGCGUCGGUGGCGUAAGCUACGCGGUCUUUACCGAGGGUAUCCAAGUGACUAUCAUUGAUUUCACCGUAUCUCGAUUGUGUCACGGUAAGCGGCUUUUAGUGUUGGUUCACUGGAUGGUGUUCAGUUGUUCUCAUAAUGAAUCCAAUGUUUCUGUCGUUUGUAUUUUCGUUUUUUUCGGAACAAACUACUUAAGUUAA